GUUACAUUAAAGUCCUCAAAUAUUUCCUCUUUUACUUUAGAGAAUCAGAACCCCUGCUCCCCGCCGGCUAGCUCCCUCUGUUUCACUACUCGCCCUCUCUGCUUCACCCACUGCCUUCUGCUUCGUGGUUGCUGCUCGAUUCCGCCGUUGCUCGUCGUGGUUCUGGUUUUCGGUUCUAUUAUUCUGUUCUGGUUUUCGUUCUUCUUCAGGCAUCAUCCCCUGUUAUCCACUGCUGUUGAGAGGGAGAGAAUCAGAGACUUUGCUGGGAUCAGAUGUGUUGUCAAUCUGUGGGAAGCUUUGUAGUUUGCAUGAAUUGAAUAAGAUGGUUCCCUAAGUCAUGGUGUUCUGUGGUGUCUUGUAUGAUUCGAAAUGCUAAGAUGAUGGUGAUGAGCAGAGAUGCUCAGGAAAUUCUUGUUUAGGUAAUCUGGAUGCAUAAAAUUGGGACUACAUACCAAGCCAAAGCUCCACGGCCUUGAAGAGCACAAGAAAAACCUAGCUCUUUCUUGAUCAUCUGUGAUGGCUUCAGCCUCAGUUUUUCUCAAGCCUUUUGUUACUCAAGUGGCUAUUGAUCUCCAAGCUAAGAGCACAACUGCUGGAAAUAUGUGGGAGAGCUUGGGAUUUUACGAGUCAGCAAAUUUGAAGUCAAACCGACUGAUUUGUGCAAAGGGGUUCAGACUGAGUUGUUCACUUGAUAGAGAAAUGGCUGUGGGCGCAUCGGCUUUGGUGGACAGUAUUGCGGAGUGCUCAAAAGAACAGUCCUGUGAGCCUGGUCUUUCUACAGUUUUAAUGAAUUUUGAUAAUGAGUUUGAUCCUUAUGAAGCGGUCAGUACACCAAUUUACCAAACUGCUACUUUUAAGCAGCCUUCUGCAACAGAAAAUGGCCCCUACGAUUAUACUAGAAGUGGAAAUCCUACCCGAGAUGCUUUAGAAAGGUUACUGGCAAAGCUUGACAAAGCAGAUAGAGCCUUUUGCUUCAGUAGUGGAAUGGCUGCUUUGAGUGCCGUUUGUCAACUUUUUAAAUCUGGUGAUGAAAUUGUUGCUGGAGAUGACAUCUAUGGAGGUUCAGAUAGACUACUGUCCCGUGUAAUUCCAAAGUCCGGAGUUGUGGUGAAACGAGUAAAUACAAGUGAUCUAGAGGAGGUAGCCUCUGUUAUUGGACCUUGGACUAAGUUAGUGUGGCUGGAGAGUCCUACCAAUCCUCGGUUACAAAUAUCUGAUAUUCGAAAAAUAGCAGAGAUGGCUCAUGCACAUGGUGCUCUUGUAUUGGUGGACAAUAGUAUAAUGUCUCCUGUAUUAUGCCAACCCUUGGAACUUGGGGCAGAUAUUGUUAUGCAUUCAGCUACCAAAUUUAUUGGUGGACAUAGUUAUCUCAUGGCUGGUGUCAUUGCUGUGAAAGGCGAAAGUUUGGCAAAAGAGAUGUAUUUUUUACAAAAUGCAGUGGGUUCGGGCUUAGCUCCAUUCGAAUGUUGGCUCUGUUUGCAAGGAAUGAAAACAAUGGAGCUGCGAGUUGAGAAGCAACAGAAGAGUGCACAAAAGAUUGCUGAGUUUCUUGCCUCCCAUCCCCGAGUAAAGAAAGUAAACUAUGCUGGUCUUCCUGGUCAUCCUGGACGUGACCUGCACUACUCUCAGGCUAAGGGGGCAGGAUCAGUGCUGAGCUUUUUGACAGGCUCACUGGCUCUCUCGAAGCAUGUUGUUGAAACUACCAAAUACUUUAGCAUAACUGUCAGCUUCGGGAGUGUGAAAUCCCUCAUAAGCAUGCCUUGCUUUAUGUCCCAUGCUAGCAUACCUGCGGCAGUUCGAGAGGCCAGAGGUUUAACUGAAGAUCUUGUGCGUAUUUCUGUGGGGAUUGAGAAUGUUGAUGAUCUUAUUGCUGAUCUUGACAAGGCACUCGCAUCUGGGCCUCUCUAAUUUCAUCCGUGUCAACAUCCUCAAGCAUUGAUGAGUCUGAAACUCUUCAAAUAAAAUUUUUGCGGUACAAAUUGAUUUGUACUUCUAAAAUCUAUUGGGUCUAAAACGCCAAAUUUAAUCAAAUGACUCACUAUUGCAGUAAACCAUCCAGUUAGUGGAGAGAAAUUGUCUGCAACAUUGGUGGUUUGUUUGCUUCUAAUAUGUAGUAUCAUUUGGAUUUUGAUUUAAGAGGAUGAUUAAGUUGUUCUAUUAUCUUUCCAUCCUUUUUUUUCUGUUAUAUAUUUGCGUUAGGCUCUAAACGCUUAAAUUUUACAUAUUCCUUUACAUUUGGUAUAAAUUGCAAGGAAUUUUUAUUCUUGCUUAAA